UCCAUCAGGGAACAUCAUAUCCUGAUAAGCAUAAAAUAAAAAGCAGGAAGGUGCUGCCCCCUGCUGGCUGUCAGUGAGUUCAAACAACGACAGGUGGGAACACGUCCACGCGCGCACACAUACACACCCCAAAGUAAAGUGGGAGACAAGCGGAAGUAAGAGUUGAUCAGUCGACUGUGACCCCUUCAUGACCUCUGACCCACUUAAACGCGGCUCUGUGAUUGGCUGAACCACACACACACAGGUAAACAUGGCAGUUCGUGCGGCCGCUCUGCUGCUGCUGCUGCUCGGACGCACCGCCAGUAUCGGAACCGGCUUCGGUUCCGAACCGGACUCAGAGCGCGGCAGGAUGCAGCUGCAGCGCGUGCAGAGCCUCACUGCCCACAGCAGAUACGGAGAAUGUUGGGCACAAGCCCUGGAACACUUGGACACGCGCUGCAAGGACAUGACGUCAGAGAGUCAGGGAAGGAUAGCGCUGGGGUUCACGUACUGUCACCUGAGCAGCUCUGGCAGGGAUUUCCCAUCAUGCCCUGAAGGGUCAGAUGUCAGCAGGUGUACAAGGGUGAUGGAUGCUGUGGCCUUCAACACUUACACAGAGUUCUUCACCCACACACACGCCAUCUGUCACUUCCUGCAGUCUGAGACCUGGCAGAACCGCGCUGAGACCACCAUGUACAGGUUGACAGAAAGUUCAGCAGGUGUUGCUGAGCAGCUUCAGUCCACCAGGCAGAUGGCUGAAGAGCUUAUUGAGGCCCAGAGUGCUGCCUUACAGGCACAACAGGAGAUCCUGACCAAUGGAGAGGAGCUGAGACUCACACUGAGAGACUCUACUGAGGGUCUGCGUACAGUCUUCUCUGAGCUCAGCUCUUCCUCCAGAGAGCAGCAGGUGGCGCUGUCUGAGCUCUUUAACAGAGUUUCUUUCCUGCACAGUUUCCUGUUGAUGGAGUCUCACAGUGUUAGCUCCUGCUGCUACAACGCUGCUGCUCUCUGCGCCGCCUUCCUGCUCACUGCCACACAGCGCUCAUCCAGAGCCAGGUUGCUCCUCUUGUCUCUGGUGUGUUUAAAUUUUUACCUGGAGUUAAAGAUUCAUCAGUUCAUCACAUCUGAUCAACCUGAGCAUCGUGACAUGGAGCGGCUCAGCGUGUACGUUAGCGUGUUGCGGCGCAUCAUGGCGUGUGUGGGCGUGUGUGUCCUGGUCUUGGCGUGUCUUCGUUACAGAGACCCGCUGCAGCACAGUCUGCAGAUGCUGCAGCAGCAGCUCACGCAGACACAGCACGGCCUGCAGGAGGCGCUGCAGAGAGCAGAGCGUCUCACUGACACUUGGAGGACAGUGAAGGGCACUGAGGAUGGCCACACUUCUGUCCUCGCUGCGACGCGACGCGUCCACCAGGGGUCAGAGCGACGGAGACGAAGAGAGGAGGAGCUGAGGAGGAAACAGGAGGAGGAGUCAGUGACGUCACUGAUCACAGACAGCACACACCUGUCUCACCUGUCUCAGUCUGGUUUACAGAUGUCUGACUCCGCCCUGUUGCCACUCACAGCCCAUGAUGCCUCAGUGAGUCCAGGCCGGCACGACCGCAGGCCCCGCCCCUCUCCUCUGGUGUACAGCGUCCUGGUAGAGGACAAACGGCCUCGUUACAGUCUGAGGAGUCGACGCUCGGAGACGCACUGACGCAGCCCCGCCCUGGAGGCGGAGUCACAGUGUUUCACGCAGUGUUUUUAAUGUCAAUAAAGUUUGUGUUUUAAACAGAAACAACAUCAUGUGACGUUAUGUUUGCGAGGACAAGU